CCUCUUCGCACUCUCGCUCUCUGUGUCUCGACGUGGCGCCGGAAGCCGCCAUGUUGUUUUGCUUCGUUGUCAGCAGAAGGAGCGAGAGGAGCGAGAGGAGCAAGAGCUUUGACCUGACAGUGUGUCUGACCCCUCCCGUCUUCCUGCAUUGCCAUGGCUACCUUCCCAGAGUACAUAACUCAGAACGAAGAGCGCGACGGUGUGCGGUUCAGCUGGAACGUCUGGCCUUCCAGCCGGCUGGAGGCGACCCGGAUGGUGGUCCCGGUGUCGUCUCUGUUCACCCCCCUGAGUGAACGGCCUGACCUGCCGCCGAUCCAGUACGAACCGGUGCUCUGCAGCCGCGCCACCUGCCGCGCUGUACUCAACCCGCUGUGUCAGGUGGACUACAGAGCCAAACUCUGGGCCUGUAACUUCUGCUACCAGAGGAACCAGUUUCCUCCAUCUUACGCUGGAAUCUCUGAGGUGAACCAACCGGCCGAGCUGUUGCCUCAGUUCUCCACCAUCGAGUAUGUGGUCCAGCGGGGUCCUCAGAUGCCGCUGGUCUUCCUCUAUGUGGUUGACACCUGUAUGGAGGACGAGGACCUGCAGGCCCUGAAGGAGUCUCUGCAGAUGUCCCUGUCUCUGCUGCCUCCCACUGCGCUGGUCGGACUCAUCACAUUCGGCCGCAUGGUUCAGGUCCACGAACUCGGCUGUGAGGGGAUCUCCAAGAGCUAUGUCUUCAGGGGGACCAAGGACCUGAACGCCAAGCAGCUACAGGAGAUGCUGGGUCUGAUCAAACCUUCAGCCACUCAGGGACGAGGACCUCAACCAGCCCAACAACCUCUGUCGAAUAGGUUCCUGCAGCCGGUGCAGAAGAUCGACAUGAACCUGACGGACCUCUUGGGGGAGCUGCAGCGGGACCCUUGGCCCGUCACUCAGGGAAAGAGGCCGCUGCGCUCGCUGGGCGUCGCCAUGUCCAUCGCUGUGGGCCUGCUGGAGUGCACCUUUCCAAACACGGGCGCUCGGAUCAUGACCUUCAUCGGCGGCCCGGCGACGCAGGGCCCCGGCAUGGUGGUGGGAGACGAACUGAAGACCCCCAUCAGGUCCUGGCACGACCUAGAGAAGGACAACGCCAAGUUCAUGAAGAAAGCCACCAAGCACUAUGAGUCUCUUGCUAACAGAGCGUCAACUAACGGUCACAUCAUCGACAUCUACGCCUGUGCUCUUGAUCAGACCGGCCUACUGGAGAUGAAGUGCUGUGCCAACUACACUGGAGGGUACAUGGUGAUGGCCGACUCCUUCAACACCUCUCUGUUUAAACAAACCUUCCAGAGAGUUUUCACCAAAGACGUCCAGGGAUCAUUCAAGAUGGCCUUUGCCGCCACGCUGGAGGUCAAGACAUCCAGAGAGAUCAAAGUAUCUGGAGCGAUUGGUCCUUGUGUGUCUCUCAACGCUAAAGGACCUUGUGUCUCUGAGAACGAGAUUGGAACAGGAGGAACGUGUCAGUGGAAGAUCUGUGGCCUGGAUCCGAGCACUACGCUGGCACUUUACUUCGAGGUGGUCAACCAGCACAACGCUCCGAUCCCUCAGGGCGGCCGUGGAGCGAUCCAGUUUGUUACUCAGUACCAACACUCAUCAGGACAGAGACGCAUCAGGGUCACCACCACGGCCAGGAACUGGGCAGACGCUCAGACGCAGAUUCAGAGCAUCGCAGCGUCCUUUGAUCAGGAGGCGGCCGCCAUCUUGAUGGCGAGAUUGUCGGUGUUCCGGGCGGAGACGGAGGAGGGUCCGGAUGUCCUCAGGUGGUUGGACAGACAGCUCAUCAGACUUUGUCAGAAGUUUGGAGAUUACCACAAAGAUGAUCCAAAUUCCUUCAGGUUCUCUGAGACCUUCUCCCUCUACCCUCAGUUCAUGUUUCACCUGCGCCGCUCUCCAUUCCUACAAGUGUUCAAUAACAGUCCAGAUGAGAGUUCAUAUUACAGACAUCAGUUCAACAGACACGACCUGACUCAGGCGCUCAUCAUGAUCCAACCUGUGCUCUACGCUUAUUCAUUCAACGGACCACCUGAGCCGGUUCUGUUGGACAGCAGCAGCAUCCUGCCGGACCGGAUCCUGCUGAUGGACACCUUCUUCCAAAUCCUCAUCUACCACGGAGAGACUGUAGCUCAGUGGAGGAAGGCUGGUUAUCAGGAAAUGUCUGAGUAUGAGAACUUCAGACACCUCCUUCAGGCUCCGGUGGACGACGCUCAGGAGCUGCUGCACACUCGCUUCCCGAUGCCCAGAUACAUCGACACGGAGCACGGAGGCAGCCAGGCUCGCUUCCUGCUCUCCAAGGUGAACCCGUCCCAGACCCACAACAACAUGUACGCCUGGGGACAGGAGUCUGGAGCUCCCAUCCUGACAGACGACGUCAGCCUGCAGGUGUUCAUGGACCACCUCAAGAAACUGGCUGUCUCCAGCGCUGCCUGACUUCCUGCCCCAGCUGUCCGUCAACCUCCACCUCUCAGCCAAUCAGCAGCAAGUUCAAAGCGAUGACCAGUUAAACAUCCAAUGUUCCUGAAGCUGCUUCCCAAUAAAAAACGUAAUGUGCUUUUUCUAUAUGAAGCUUUUAUUAUGAAAAAGCAGCAGGAAGUAUCAUCUGCCUGGAGAAACAGGACCCUGAACAUAGCACUCUCGUCUCUGAGGAACAAGCAGACCUCCGAGCUGCUGCUUUUUCUCUGUUUAAUCCCAUUUUUCAAGCAGAUGGGAGUCAGUUUCAUGUCAGAAAAUAGAACAUGUAAUUGUUGAAACCCGUUCAGAAACACACGUUCUCUGUUCAUGGAGGUACUCCUUUAGUGUGUAGACGGCUUCUCUUCAGUCCAGAGAGGACGGCUUUAUGUUUUCAUUGAGUCGACGGUCUGAUUCUGUUUCUAAUUAAAACGUUGCUCUGUU